AUUGCAGUCGACAGAGCAUGCGCGGCUCGGUGGCGGCCGGAGCCCUGAGGCUGCGCGGAGCCGGGGUCGCUCUGGCGCUGCCGGUGCCCGACCGCGCGGGGGCCGAGCAUGAGGCUCGCCCAGCGGCCGGGGCAGGACAGCGAGCCCGCCGUGCGUGGCAGAGGGUAAUUGUCCUCUGAAUUCUCAUGUCAUACCAGCAGGAGGACUACAAAGAAUCUAUCAAAAUGAUGACAAAUAUUGUCAUUUUGAGCCUGCUUAUUUGUAUUUCCUUAUCUUUCUGGAUUGUGUCCAUGACAGCAAGUACAUACUAUGGUACUUUACGGCCUAUUUCUCCAUGGCGUUGGCUUUUUUCAGUUGUGGUUCCACUAAUGAUUGCUUCACGAGGCUUUAAGAAGAAGAGCCUGGAUCACAGCGGAGCUUUAGGGGGAUUAGUGGUUGGGUUUAUCCUAACAAUUGCAAAUUACAGCUUCUUCACUGCUUUGCUCAUGUUUUUUGUUACUUCUUCAAAACUUACUAAGUGGAAAGAAGAUGUGAAGAAGCAUAUAGAUUCAGAAUUCAAACAAGGUGGGCAGAGGAAUUGGGUGCAAGUAUUUUGUAAUGGUGGUGUCCCUACGGAGCUGGCUCUGCUAUAUAUGAUAGAAAAUGGACCAGGUGAAAUUCCAAUAGACUUUUCCAAGCAGUACACUGCAUCAUGGAUGUGUUUAUCCCUUUUGGGAGCUUUGGCCUGCUCUGCUGGAGAUACAUGGGCUUCAGAGAUUGGCAGUGUCUGGAGUAAAAGUGAGCCAAGGUUAAUAACAACAUGGGAAAAGGUUCCAGUAGGUACUAAUGGAGGUGUUACGUUAGUGGGCCUAAUUUCAAGUCUCAUUGGUGGCAUGCUAGUAGGUGUGGCUUACUUCAUUACUCAGCUUGUUUUUGUGAGUGAUCUGGAUAUAUCUGCUCCACAGUGGCCACUCGUUGUGUUUGGCGCAAUGGCUGGUUUACUGGGAUCAAUUAUUGAUUCAUAUUUAGGAGCUACAAUGCAAUACACCGGUUUUGACAAGCGUAUUGGCAUGGUUGUCAACUACGAAACAAAAGACUCCAAGCACAUAUCUGGAAAACCUAUACUGGACAACAAUGCAGUGAACCUCUUUUCUUCUGUAGUCAUUGCUUUGUUACUUCCUGGUGUGGCAUGGGGUUUCUGGCCUAGAGGGUGAAACUUCUUAAGUCUUUUAAUACAUAGUUCAAAUACACUUAAUAUGAAUCAAAGGUUACUCCCCAAAACACUGUUUUUAGCUUGUUUGAGGGAGUCCUCUGCAUCCUUUUCAGAUCCAGAAGGAUUCACUAUCUUAACUUCCUUAGGCUGUAAGUUUUAUGGGCAGCCACCAUCUUUCUGGAGAAAGAGGACCAGAUGAGGCACUGUUAAUAACCUGUCAGUGCUACUCCUUAAUUGGACACAGAUUGCUACUUUGUAACAUGAAGCAAUUCGUUUUCCCUUCUGGAGCUGAAUGCUUGGCCUCCAAAUCAUUUCCAACACCUGGCAGAAGAAAGAGUGAAAGAAUACAACUAGAAAUUUAACCUGGGUCUGCCAUACAACUACUAUUAACACUGUUCACCAAGCCACAAACAAAGUACUAUAUAUUUUCUGUAAUGUAGAACAUAGUAGUAUCGAUGAAAUCACUGAAUUCUAGUUUAGUAUACAUUUCCCAUUGUCUGCUCAAUAUUAUAGGUUUUAUAGAGGUGUAUUGAAGUCUUUAAAAAAAUUGUACUUUAAUAAGCAUUGUUGCCUAUUCCAUGUUGUAUUACUUUUUUGCCAUGCUUUUGACGAUGGGUAAGAAAAAGUAAUGCUUUAACAUAAUGUCUCAGGCAUAUGACUAAAUUUAAAAUCAAAACUAUCCUUUUUCCAAUAAGCAAAACAAGAAUAUAAAGCUUAUAUAAGCAGCAUUAUAAGGUACUUCUUAGAUUAAGUUAUUGAUAUUAAAGUAAAGAUUACAUUUUUUUUUAAUUCAAAAUCAACUGGUUAGAAAAGAUGUAACUUGUUCUGUAACUGUGGAAUUACUCUUUAAUAAUCGGAGUUUAAUAGCACGUUCACCAAGUUGUGGUCUUCAUGUUCUUUCUCAGUAACCCUACUUUUUUGCUUUACAAAUUACUGCUCACUGGAGAUGUCAAGGUGUUGGGUCCUUUAUUGUUGAUAAACUAUUACAGGGUUUUCACUUUUGUCAUUAAAUGACAGGCUAAAAAGUUUUUCAGUUAACAAUUUAGUAUUUAUUAUAUAGAAUCAGAUCCUGCAACUGGGUUGCAUGCGUGGAUCCUUUUGGCCAUAUAGAGAUCAUCCACCUGGAUCCAUUUGCAGGAUAUGACUCAUAAUGUGUGCAUCAAAAAAAGUUUCUUCCAAUCUGAGAGCGAUUACCAGUUCCAGGGAUAUUCCCAGUUUUAAGUAUAGGAGACUUGGCAGAAUCUUUCAAAAGAGAAUAAACUAAGUGUGACCACUGCAUCCUAAUGUUCUUGUUGAAAAGCACUGUAACAUGAAAGGCAUAGAUGCCCUUACUGAUUAAUUAUAUUUAAUUUAACUGUAAAUAAAUCAGUUUUUCUUUAUGAUAUAUGUAGGAUUUUGUGCUAACACAUUUUUGAUUUUGUUAAUGCCACUAGACAUUAGAGGAAGGCUCUUAGAAAGAAUAAAGUAGAUGAUGGUGAGUUCGGUAAGAAAGUGAAAACAUACAUAUACUUUGAGAGGGUUUAGCUUUUAAUUUAAAUAUUUGUAUUGUCUGCAGGAAUCAAAGGUAUCUUUUCAGGGAUUAAGGACACUUUUAGCCAAGUUUCCAUUGUAAUCUAAUGUGGAUCCCAAGACUAAAACAGCACACAACACUGAACAUAUAUCCAUAACAUAUUUAAAAAAAACCACACUUUACGUAGCAGUAUGAAAUGUCUUCAUUGCUGUUAAAUUAAAUUGUAAACAAGCAAUUUUGCACUUAGCAGAUAAGGGUGAGAUUUUCAAAAGUGUAACGUAUUGGCUUACCUCCGUCAGUGAGAGCAGAGUUAGGCCAACACUGAGUGCUUUUGAAUUUCCCACCAUUAAAUUUCUAGUGUACAGAAUUGUAUUUAAAGAAUGAUUCUCGCCUUUUCUGUAGCAUUAGUUUUAUUAAAUAAUAUCAGUUCUGGACAGGAUACAAUUACACUGGACAAGAUACUAUUAAAUUGAACAGAACAUAGUAGUGCAGAUUAUGUUGCCUUUGAUUUUUGUAUUUUACGCAAUAGCUGUGCAGAAAGUGUAGCCCUUAUGAGAGGAGGAGGAGGAGGAGAAAUAUAGGGAAACUGUAUGUGACUUGGUGCCUGUAAACCAGUGCAUGUCACUAAGUGUAGUUAUUGGGACCAGAAAGAAGCCGAUGGAAUGUUAACAUUUGAGAUCAUUAGAAGGUGUCUGGGUAGGCACAGAGAAAAUAGAUGAAAGUAAAAGGGCGGGUGAUAAAAGGGAAGGAGGCAAAAUAAGCAGAGUAAGAUAUUAAUAGAAAUGAAUUGAGCUCACAUAGUGUUUUUCCAUAGUAAGCAAUUACAUUACACUUUGUUUUAAAUAUUUGAAUAUUUGUUUUGCCUCAAUGCCUGUAUAUGGAUUAGUAUUUGAGAUUAAUCUGUGCCUGUAAAUUAAAAUUUGACAUUUACCUGGCACUAAUUUAUUUUUUCUUACUGAAACAGCAUGAAAAUUCACAAAUCACCUCUCCAAUACUUUGAUCAGAUUUCCUUAAACUGAAAAAUUCCAGUUGGAGGUCAGUUGAGCCUUAUCUGUAUAGUUUUUAUGGAUUGUGUAUGUUAAAGAAAAUGACUAUUUUUCACUAUAAAUAUGAAGUAGUUUUUCUUAAUAAACACAUAAUGCAAUUGGU